ACGAUGCCUGCCAAACCUAGCUGCGAGGGAAGCCGCCCAGUUAAUGGUCAAAUUAACGCAUAUAUUCUAACAAAACGAGAUAAUAGAAGUUCAUGGCAUUAUUUCAACUCUAAGCGUUAUUGAGAUUACAUUGUUAUGCAGCGUUCAAGAGGAAGUGGGUUGAAUAUUCAGCGCGGGCCCACGGCCUCAUCGAUGCCGAUCGAUUUCACGGCCCGUCGGCACUUCUUUGCUUUGUUCACCUGCUUUUCACUUGACAUUUCACAUGCUGCGUUCUCACCUACGACAAUUGGCGCCUGCUUUGAAAAGAGCUCAAAGCUUAUCACCUUAUAGCAAUGCCGCGCGCCCAGUGUUCAUCCGUGGAAUGUCGACGGUCACCUCAGAUAACGAACAUAAGAAAAAUGCGCCCACAGCAAUUCUCUUGACCAAUAUGGGUGGUCCGGCUACAUUGGACAAGGUCCACAGCUUUUUGCUAAACCUUUUCUCGGAUAGUGACUUGAUGAGACUUCCUAUACAAUCGCUUUCAUCAAAAUACAUCGCCCGUCGGCGCACGCCUCAAAUUCAGGACCAAUAUAACCAGAUUGGAGGAGGUUCGCCCAUUCUGCAUUGGACGAAAAAGCAAGGCGAAAUGAUGGAAGCCAUCUUAGACCGGAUAUCGCCAGAGACUGCACCACACAAGCAUUACAUUGCCUUCCGCUACGUUGACCCUUUGACUGCUGAUACAGUCAAGCAAAUGAAGGCUGAUGGGAUUAAGCGUGCUGUAGUAUUCACACAGUACCCCCAGUAUUCAUGCUCCACCACUGGCAGCAGCUUGAACGAGCUUUACCGCUGUUUGAAAACAUCUGACCCUGAAAAUGAAAUCAAGUGGAGUGUCAUCGAUCGAUGGAACACGCACCCUGGAUUCAUAAAGGCAGUUGCUGGUAAAAUCAACCAGAAGCUCGCCGAAUAUCCCCCUGAAGAGCGCGAUAAUGUUUUACUUUUGUUCUCUGCUCACUCUCUUCCAAUGUCGGUGGUCAACCGUGGCGACCCGUAUCCUGCUGAAGUGGCAGCCAGCGUCGACCGUGUCAUGAAUUACUUGCAAUUCAAGAACCCUCACCGUCUAGUUUGGCAGUCUCAGGUUGGUCCAUCAGCUUGGUUAGGACCACAAACUGGAGAGGCUAUAAAAAAAUAUGGUGAACAAGGAAAAAAGAACAUAGUGGUAGUUCCUAUUGCCUUCACCAGUGACCAUAUUGAAACUCUCUUUGAACUUGACAUUGAAUACGGAAAAGAAGCACACGAGGCCGGUAUAACUGGAUUUAAACGCUCCGAGUCACUAAACGACGACCCCGUCUUUGCCGAAGCUAUGGCAGACAUUGUGAAGGCUCACUUGAAAUCGGGACAAAUUACAACACCACUCAUGUCCCUUCGCUGCCCUUCGUGCACAAACGAUUAUUGUGGCGAGCAAAAAGAGUUUUUUGCCAAUCAAAAGUUAUAACGAAGCGUGCCAACGGAUAGAUAAAGCGUAACAUAUUGUUCAUCAUCCAAAUGGAUGGAAAUCACUUGUUGCAGAUGAUACUGCCCAUAAGCCCAUGUUACGUAAAAAAAUAAAUGAACCCACAACAGAGGAAAUGAGACACUACUCAUAUUCUGCUUGACAGAAAAGCAAUUUAAUAAAUCUUUUAUACAUUGAUGACUCUACUAAGCUUUUGGACUCUGUUCAGCAAAACAUCUCCUUGCUUG